CGGCCCGAGUGAACUAUCUUCAUUUUUUCACCAUCUUCGGUAUCAAUUCAUCGUGGUUAAGUAUCGCGAGAAGACAUGUUAUAUGUGUUAUCGUAUAUCAUUUCCUCUAGAUUUUCACAUUCCCGCCAUCAUCGAGUACUGGAGGAAAACGUCGUGCGGACCACACUGUCAACAACAUAAUACUGGGGCCACCGAAUGCCGGCUAAACCAACGUACUACUCCCCGAGGAUUUAAAACAAAAAUAUWAAAAUUUACAAGUUUCGUUUCAGGGAUAUUUCAUUCAAAGGUUUAUUUGGAGAGCACAACCCUGACAAUCACCAAUGGCAGCAGCAGUGCCCAAGCUCUCCAGCGGAAGCGUUGUAAAAAUACGCUACAACAGUAUAGACGUGGGCACCACUCGAUGGAAGGAGGGGACCUUCGAGGUUCUUGAGAAGGGUAACAAAGUCAACCUGUGCCUGAAGUUCAAUGCUGGUGGUCCACUCAAAAGUUUUCAGCUCAACCAUAAUGUGAAGAAUGUCACGAUGCAGUCCAUGCACACUAUGAGACGAAUUGUGGUGUCUCUUAAGGAUGGCAGUGUAGUCACCCUUGAGAGAAUUCCCACUGCUGUGGCMGAGAAAAUGAAAGAAUAUCUUGAGAAGUUGAAGCAGGGAAAACCAACAGUUCUAAAGACAUCCCAGGGAAGUGCAAGCUUCAGUGUGCUCGGGAAUCGAUCCGUAAAGAACGAGAUUAGCCCACCUGGAGAACGACAGACAACAUCCAGACGACCCAGUGUGGACAACAGGGAAGAGACGAUGCCCCGCAAACCCCUGAGCAGUCCCAGCAGAGUCACCUCCACACCUUCCCGCAGUGGGCUGUCUGAGAACAGGAUUGAGAAGAGGAAGAGACACCUCACCUCUGACAGCGACCUGACUAAGGACUACCCCAAGGAGAAUGACUCAUCCAGCAACAACAAGACCAUGUCGGACCUCUCCAGGAAGUUUCUGCUGAGCUGCAAAGACAAGCUGAAACAGGCAGAGGAGAACCGCUGCUCUGUUUCACUGGUUCCAGCGCCACUUCAGCCCACGUCAUUCUACGGCAGCCGAUCGGUGACCAAAGACUACUCCACGAGUCACUCUUUCCUAGACAGGCCAUCCAGUACAUCCCAGACCACCUCGGCUAAAAGAAGUCUCAUGUUACCCAAUCACUCGACCCCCUUCAAGAAAGUGCGCCCCAUGCUGGACUACGGUGGCUGGAACAAGCCGAGACCAUCCACUCWGGCCCAGCCCCAGCCUCCACUGCAAGGAUUCUCCAACCUGGGCAACACGUGUUACAUGAACGCCAUCCUGCAGUCUCUCUUCAGCCUGCCGUCGUUCUCCAAUGACCUGCUGAAGCAGGGAAUCCCAUGGAAAAAGGUCCCCGCCAACGCCCUACUCAGACGCUUUGCCCACUUGCUGGCCAAGAAGGACAUCUCGUGCCCCGAGGUAAAGAAAGACCUGCUGAGGAGAGUGAAGAGUUCCAUCUCCUCCACAGCCGAGCGCUUCUCUGGCUACAUGCAGAACGACGCCCAUGAGUUCCUGAGCCAGUGCCUGGACCAGCUUAAGGAGGACAUGGAGAAGGUGAACAAGAGCUGGAAGAGCGAAUCGGCGGCGUGGGACGAGGCCCCCCAGCAGGCGGCCGCGGUCAGGCCUGGGGAGGAGGCGGACACCUCACACACCUACACCUGCCCCGUGGUGGUCAACAUGGAAUUUGAGGUGCAGCACACCAUCACCUGCAAAGGCUGUGGAGAAGUGGUGACCAAGCGGGAGCAGUUCAACGACCUGUCCAUUGACCUGCCUCGUAGGAAGAAGACCAUCCCUCUCCGGUCCAUCCAGGACUCUCUGGACCUCUUCUUCAGGAUGGAGGAAAUCGAGUAUUCUUGUGAAAAGUGCAGCAGGAAAGCGGCGACAGUGACUCAUAAAUUCAGCCGACUCCCCAGAGUUCUUAUCUUGCACCUGAAGCGCUARAGCUUCAAUGCCCAGCUGUCUCUAAACAGUAAGCUGGGCCAGCAGGUGAUGAUUCCCCGCUAUCUCACACUGCUGUCCCACUGCACAGACACUACGCAGCCUCCCCUCAGCCUGGGCUGGAGCGCACAUGGAACCAUGGCACGAACACUGAAGGCCUCCCAGUUGGUGAACUCCUCCUCACUACUUUGGAAAGUGUCUCUGAAGGCGGGGGGCAGCUCCAGCAGUAUCCUGGUGGACUCUGACAGCGAGGAGGAGCUGAGCCGGAAGGCGGUGAGCCGCAAGCGACGCCUCAGCGACUGUCUGCCUGAUGACAAAGCAGAGGAGCGAGGCGUCCAACACACAGACGCGUCAGACAUCAACGAUGAGGCGAUGCUGGCGGUAGUGCUAGAGAUGAGUUGUCAAGACACUGGUCUCUCCUGCCCUGCCCCUGAGGACGAGCCAACCAGCAGCCCCGACACGGGCUUCGGUGACGCCGACCCCGACACCCAGGAGACAAACUACCACCCAGACCUGCUGGAGACGGACAACAAACCGUCUGCAGAUGUGCUGAACUCCCUGGACCUGACCAUGGARGAAAACAAGGAAAACCAGACACCUGAAGGGGUGCAGGGAGAGCUGGACUGGGUGCAGCAGUAUAGCCUGGAGCAGGAGCGGGAGGAGCAGGAGCUGCAGCAAGCCCUGGCCCAGAGCCUGCAGGAGCAUGAAGCCCAAGAGAUGAGGGAGGACGARGACCUCAAGAGAGCCACAGAGCUCAGCCUGCAAGAGUUCAACAACUCGUUYCCGGAGCUGCUGUGUUCAGACGAGGAUUCUGGGAACGAAGAGGUGCUGGACAUGGAGUACAGCGAAGCAGAGGCUGGGGACCUGAAGAGGAACGCUGAGAGUGGAGAUUUGGCCAACUCCUUCCGGCUGAUCAGUGUAGUCAGUCACAUCGGGAGCAGCUCCUCCUCUGGCCAUUACAUCAGCGACAUCUARGACAUGAAGAAGCAGUCGUGGCUGACCUACAACGACCUAGACGUGUCGCGCACGCAGGAGGCCACGGUGCAGAGGGACCGCGACCGCAGCGGAUACAUCUUCUUCUACAUGCACAAGGAUGUUUUUGAGGAGCUGUCUGAGCUGGAGAGAACAGGGGCCAGUGGAGGAGCCUCCGAGGCAGGGAGGACCGUCCUGCAGCCCCUCUGAGCAACCAGUCUGUCAUCAAUCAAUCACACACACCAACCAACACACUCCAACAGCACAGAGCUGUUCCCCAUCAGAUGUCGGGUUAAAGAGAACCCUUCUCCAGUACUACUGAUCGCCGUCCACAUUUUGCCUUCUUCAGGCACUUUGUCCCUUUUUWAAAACAAAACAGACCAAGGUAGCUUCUGUCAGGCUCAAGAUGUCAGCACACAUACAGCCCACAUUCUUCUCUCCAGGUCCAUUCAGAAAUGAGACAUGCAGCGCACUCAAAAUAAAGGAGUUGACUAUGUUCUUUGUUUAUUCAAGCAUGAGAGAUUAGCCCCCAACUUUUUGUUUCGUUGAAUAACUUGUAAAAUAGUUUCUUGGCACUCGUAUGAUAUUAACUAUCAUGCAUUUAAGAACUUUGAUAGAAAGUGUCAGAUGGAUUAUAUGGUUGACUUAAUUUCCAAUAUAAUCUAUCGAAAACCAAGAUUUAUUCUUCUGUGUUGGAAUAAAAGCUAAUUUAAGGUUAGUACUUUCUUCUAUAUGCAUCGGAUACAUGUGGUGCAAUAUUUAUUUUGUGGCAUAGAUUUGCCAAUACUGCUUAUGUUUGUAUUCUGUUCUAGAGUUGAGUCGGGUGUGUUCAAAAAAAAUUCUUCAAUUUCUUGCAAUGCUUUACUUAUGGACUGUUUGUGUUGCUGUUUUAUUCAUGUUUUAUCACCUUGACAAACUAAACAUUAAUAAAGUAGCUUGCUUUUUUUUUUUUUAUAAGCUUAUGCUCCUAGGGGUUCCCUGGUGCUUCCCAGUACAGAACCGGUAGUUUCUUUUUCUAAAGCGCUUUACUUUGAGAAAUGCACAACCACUUUGUUUAGAAUGUGUUCCUUCAAACCGCUGACAAUGCAGAAAUGUGUAUUACAUGCGUAAGCUAUCCUGCAUAGGCUUUGCUUUUAAUAAGGCCAUAAGAUUUAACUAUUUAUUUUAGCAGAGGUCUGUUUAUAAUGGCCAGCUCAGAUGUCUCAUCACACCUGACCAGGCCAYUAUUCACAUCUUUUAGACUACUUUUUGCUAAGAUUAGGGUUUGGCUAGCUAUUUACUGGUCUCCUGCUUGCAUUAAGUGAGAAAGAACAGGUUUUACGUUGACAAGCGCGUCUGAUGUGGAAUGCAAAGGAGUAGCAGAGUGGACUGAGUUUUUUUMUUGUUUCGGCUCCAGUAUUUGACUUCCUACAUUGCAUUUUAAAAUAAAAAUGAAUUUAAACAAUG